CCCCAUCCAAGCUCCUCCCCCCUCUGCCCGCCACCCCCGGCCCCCAGAGGAACCGCCAACCAAGCAUCCUGUCCCAGGGCCUGGGAAGAGCACGCGGGGAAGAGACGGAGCAGAAUGUCGGACUCGCUGGUGGUGUGCGAGGUGGAUCCCGAGCUGAAGGAGAAGCUGAGGAGAUUCCGCUUCCGGAAGGAGACGGACAAUGCAGCCAUCAUCAUGAAAGUGGACAAGGACAGGCAGCUGGUGGUUUUGGAAGAAGAAUUUCAGAACAUUUCCCCGGAUGAACUGAAGAAUGAACUUCCUGAAAGACAGCCCAGGUUUGUAGUUUACAGCUACAAAUAUCUCCACGGAGACGGCCGAGUCUCCUACCCUCUCUGCUUCAUCUUUUCCAGCCCUGUAGGCUGCAAGCCGGAACAGCAGAUGAUGUAUGCAGGGAGUAAGAACCGAUUGGUGCAGGCUGCUGAGCUGACCAAGGUGUUUGAAAUCCGGACCACGGACGACCUGACCGAGAGCUGGCUGCAGGAGAAAUUAGCUUUCUUCCGUUAGCCCCGGGGACCGGGGGGCGGGGGGAAGACUCCGGGGGG